CUGGGGAGAUUUCUGCAGGUCUGUUCAGAUUGCAGCUUGUUUGUGUGAGCGGACUGUGAGGUUGUUGUUUUCUGGACAGGGAAGAGGACGGAGGAGAGGACGGCUGUGCUGUUUGUUAUGGGUUCAUGUAUGCAGCUGUUGGACUAGCAGGCUGACAAAUUCACAUCUGAUCGCAUCUGGCUUCCAAUUUAAAGCAUGUGUGCGCUUUUUGUAGAUCUGUUUUAUUUCUACACGGUGUCCUUUGAAGGCGGAGCUAAGGUGACAGCAUGAAUCAAGAGAAACUGGCAAAGCUUCAAGCCCAGGUGCGGAUAGGAGGAAAGGGCUCAGCGCGCAGGAAGAAGAAGGUGGUGCACAGAACUGCAACGGCAGAUGACAAAAAGCUCCAGAGUUCACUGAAGAAGUUAGUUGUCAACAACAUAGCUGGAAUCGAGGAGGUGAACAUGAUCAAGGACGACGGGACUGUGAUCCACUUUAACAACCCGAAGGUCCAGGCGUCUCUGUCCGCCAACACGUUCGCCAUCACAGGCCACGCUGAGACCAAGCAGCUCACAGAGAUGCUUCCCAGCAUCCUCAGUCAGCUGGGAGGGGACAGCCUCAGCAGCCUGCGGAAGCUGGCCGAACACUUCCCCCGGCAAGCUCUCGAUGGCAAACCUCCAAAACCAGAAGACAUUGAGGAAGAGGAUGAUGAGGUUCCAGAUCUGGUGGAGAACUUCGAUGAAGCUUCAAAGGACGAGGCGAACUAGCGCAGAUGUUGAUGACCUCGUGCACUGGGCUGGACCGAGAAGAAGCAGAAACGUCUCUCUGCGUUUAUAUCGCCCAGACAUUUCACAUCUCAUCAACAAUCCCAGAGACUUUUCUACUUUACAGUGGCCCACUGAGUCAGGCUGGUGUGUGGAAAGCCUGACUUAAAUCUCACCACCUUAUUGUUAAUCAUUGUGAAAACUACAGGUUAUACACAGAAGGUCUUAAAAUAGUAUUGUUUGUUUAUGGCAAAAAUAAAUGUGACAAACAUUUA